AUGCCUUCCACGACUGGUAUCCGCUGUGAUAGGUGUAACAAGGGCUUUCGAUCACAGCAUGCCAAACAGCAACACGUUCAGGACUCUGAAAACCACCAUCUUUGUGGUUAUUGCCCCAGCCCUACAGACUAUGAGACAUUGGAAGACCUAGAUACCCACUUGGAGGAAGAUCACCAUAUAUGCACUACUUGCAAUUAUCGGCAAUUUAGGGACGGCCAUCGACUGGCUCAGCAUGAUAUGGACAAGCACAAUAUAUGCAAUCACAAGCUUGUCCAUGCUGAAAGGACCGUUGAAUGCGCAGGCUGUAGCAGGAUGUUUGUUACUGAAUCUGCCAUGCUGCUACAUCUGGAAACUGGAACAUGUACUUCGGGUGCUGAUAGAUAUUCUGUCUUGGAUGCAGGGCGACAGUGCUACCGAGCAUUUUACUACGUUUCUGACACUCGAGGUUAUCCGUUUCAGUGUCCAACCUGUGAGACACCGUUUAGUCUCAUGAGUGGCUUGGUCCAGCACGUUGAGAGCGACCAUUGUGAUGAGUGCCUAGAUGAAGAUAGACCAUUGAGGGUAUUUUUAGAUCAGUUGAGGUUGAGAUUAAGUUGA